AUGUCCCGGCUAGGGCAAAGUUGCCACACAUGCUGGCAGCACACGCCUGGUGUUGGAGGGGAAGGGCACAGAGGAGGGGGAGUGAGGACGCAUUUUCUUCCACUGCAACCAAAACCCGAAACCCUUUUUGAGGCGCCUCAAAAAGCGGCGGCAGCAGCAGGCAGGGAGGCGAGAGUGCAGGUGAAGGAGCAGGCGAGAGUGCAGGCGCAGGUGAGAGUGCAGGUGAGAGUGCAGGUGCAGGUGAGAGUGCAGUGGAGGGGGAGCGGGCCCCAUCACGGAUGGCAGCUGGGGGUGGCUGCUGUCGAGUGUGACUGGCAGGGAGAGGGAGUGCAGGUCAAAAUGAUUCCUCCUCAUCCCCUCUUCUCCUCCUCUCCCUUCUCCUCCUCUCCCUUCUCCUCUCCCUUCUCUUCCUCUCCCUUCUCCUCCUCUCCCUUCUCCUCCUCUCCCUUCUCUUCCUCUCCCUUCUCCUCCUCUCCCUUUUCCUCCUCUCCCUUUUCCUCCUCUCCCUUUUCCUCCUCUCCCUUUUCCUCCUCUCCCUUUUCCUCCUCUCCCUUCUCCUCCUCUCCCUUUUCCUCCUCUCCCUUUUCCUCCCCCACCUUCUGCCCCUCAGAGCAGGGGAAGAGCGGGCCCAAUCACGAAUGGCAGCAGGGGGUUGCUGCUGUCGAGCGUGACUGGCAGGGAGAGGGAAGUGGGGGAGGAGCGGGCCCUAUCGCGAAUGGCAGCAGGGGAUGGCUGCUGUCGAGUGUGACUGAGGGAAGUGGGGGAGGAGCGGGCCCUAUCGCGAAUGGCAACAGGGGCUGGCUGGUGUCGAGCGUGACUGGCAGGGAGAGGGAGUGCGGGCGGGAGAUUGUGAACGUGCUCGAUGAGUGGUGCGGCAAGCUGGAGGCAGGCAAGGCGCAGGGGGAGGGAGGGGGGGAGGCAGCGACUGGAGAAGGUGCAUCUGUGGGGAAGGCGAAGGGAGGGUCGUCCAUUGAUGCUCUGCUGGCGAAUGAAGUGGCGGCACUCAAGAAGCAGCCUCGGUUCGUGAGUGUGGAGUCUGGCUGCAAGGCGCUGCUGUUCGUGAGGAUUAGAGAGGAUGCCAGGAAGGGGGGGAAGGGAGAGAAGGGAGGAAAGCAGUUGGAGGAGGGAGAGGAGAAGGAGGUGGAGGGUGAGAAAGAGGAGGUGGGGAAGAACGAGGAACGGGGAAAGGAGGAGGAGAAGGGUGAAGGCGACAAGGAGGGUAAGGAGGGAGAUAAUGGCGGGGAUAAGGGCGGAGAACAGGAGCAGGAGAAAGAGCAGGAGAAAGAGGUUACAGGAGGAGGAGAGAAGGAACCGGAGAAGGAGGAACGGGGAGGGGAGGGGGAGAAAGGGGAGGCAGGGGGAGAACAGGGAAGGGUGUCGCCGUGUGAGUUGGCAGAGGCGGUGCUGCGGCAUGCCAAGGCAACCCAGCAGUCAGCAACUCGCUUCACCCUCCGCCUGCUGCCAGUGGAAACCACGUGCUACGCCUCCCAGGAGGAGAUCGCCUCAGCCAUCAAGCCUCUCAUUGCCGCCCACUUCCCCCCGGUCGGCCAAUCAGCAAGCGACACGUCAGAGGCCCAACCCAAGGGAUCAACGUUCGGAAUCAUUUUUGAGAAGCGAGCCAACGAAGGGCUUGAGAGAGCAGGCGUGAUCGACACUGUAGCCAACCUGGUGCCCGGUCCGCAUAAAGUGGACCUCCGGAACCCAGACAAGACCAUCAUGCUGCAAGUGGUGAAGACCAUCUGUUUCAUCUCCAUCUUAGACGAUUUCAAGGCCCUUGCCAAGUACAACCUGCGGCAGUUGUGCCUCCCCCAGGAGGAUGCCAAGCCUGGUGCUGCUGGGGAAGCCAAGCCUGUUGCUGCUGGGGAAGCCAAGCCUGAUGAUGCUGCUGAUGCUAGAGCUAGUGAUGAUGGGGGCGAUGGUAAUGCUGGUGCUCCUGCAGCCCCGCGCCCGCCCGCUAUUGUUCCUGCAGCCCCAUCUGCUGCCAUCCGCACCAAAUCAGGAGCUGCCGCUUCUGUAGCAGCUCCUAAGGCCCGUCCUGGUGCUUCUUCAGCCCCAUCCGCAGCAGCACUUGUCGUUCCCGCGGCAUCCGCCACUCCUGCUGCGGCCUCUGCCGCCCCCAAUGUGGCCUUUGCUGCCCCUGCUGUGGCUUGUGCCGCCCUUUCUGGCCGUGCUUUCCGGCUCGUGCAUGCAGCCCUAUCCUCUGCAGCUCCUUUAGCCCCAGUUUCUGCCAUCCCUACCUACUCAGGAGCUGCCCAGCUACCAUGCCAUAACCAGUUGUACAUUAAUUAA